AUGCAGCUCAAAGAUGGGACGCUCGAGCAGCCGUCCUCCGUCUGGAGGUCUCUAUCCUCCGCUACUACGCUGACUAUUGCGGCGUUAUGUCGUGGGUUUCUAUUCUCGCUUAAUACCACGGAAGUCAAUGGCUUGGAUCGAUUCUUGAAGCUGCUAGAGUCGCGGCAAGAUGAUAGCUCGAGGACACGCGGAUUAAUCACUGUUUCAAAUCACAUUAGUGUCAUGGACGAUCCGUUGAUGUGGGGUGUUAUACCGUUGCGAAGCCAUUGGGAGUUCCGGCCAUGCAACCGGAGAUGGGCUCUUGGAAGCCAUGAUAUUUGUUUUAAAAAUAGAUUUAUGUCUGCGUUCUUUACUUACGGGCAGGUUCUCCCAGCACAUAGACUUUUUCAUUCUUCUCGCGGUGGGCCCUUUCAGCCUACUGUAACACAAGCCAUCCGGUUACUAUCCAAGGGACCUUUCCCUGUGGACCCUCAUGGGGCUCCUACAGACAAACAACGAUGGAGUAUAAGCAAUACCUGUGUUGAUCCUUUCUCGGAGGUACCUACGGCUUUUACUACAAAUGGAGAGGACGCUUUUCUAGCUCCAUCUACAUAUGCAUGCAACUCCUACUCUUGGAUACACAUCUUUCCAGAAGGGAUGAUACACCAGUCAGCUCACAAAACUAUGCGCUACUUCAAAUGGGGCAUUUCUCGCUUGAUAUUGGAACCAGAUGAAUGUCCAGAUAUCGUCCCAAUGUGGAUUGAAGGGACGGACGGUGUUAUGCAUGAGGACCGUGGAUUCCCUCGUUUUAUUCCUCGCAUAAACCAGAAAGUCAGCGUCACGUUUGGAGAAAAGGUAGACACGGAGGCUAUAUUUGGAGAGCUAAGAAGCAAGUGGCAGAAGCUGAAACGGGAAUCGGAGCAAGGAAGCACUGAACCUCUCGCAGUUGGCAUCUUGAAUGAGAAGCUCAUGUACGGAGAUGAAGCUACGGAACUUCGUCUGGAGUGUACGCGAAAGGUUCGGGAUCUCGUUCUUGAGGUCCGGCGUUCAAGAGGCUUCCCGGAUGAAGAUCCAAAGGCCAGCAUGGCCGAAACAUGGCUGAGAGAAGGGCCUAAGAGAGAAGGCAGGAUGGAUGACGGCUCUCUGGUUAGGGACAUCUAG